CCAUCGACAAUAGUUUGCGACGCUGUCAUUGCGUUUCGCUUCUCUAAAAACUCCACUUCCGGAAAAACGCACGCUGUAGAAGAAACGUUGUUACACACGUGUUAAAACUAUUUUGAUUUAAUCGUUUCGUUAUUAGUUUUAGAUCAUUAUAGUCGUUAAUAUUGAUAUCCGUCAGUUUUAAAAGAGAACCAUGGUGGGGUCACGUGUAUACGUUGGCGGGCUACCAUUCGGUGUCAGAGACAGAGACUUAGAAAAAUUCUUCAAAGGUUUCGGUCGCAUUCGAGAUAUUCUAAUCAAAAAUGGAUAUGGUUUCGUGGAAUUUGAAGACUACAGAGAUGCAGAUGAUGCAGUAUAUGAACUUAACGGGAAAGAAUUACUAGGCGAGCGGGUGUCGGUGGAGCGCGCGCGGGGCGUGCCGCGCGGCGCCGACCGUCGCCGGGGACGCGACGCGCCCGCACCGCGCGCACACGCGCCCCACACCAACGCGCCCCACGCGACGCACAGAGACGCUGACUACAAUUAUAGAUACGGACCGCCAACGCGCACCGAGUAUCGACUUAUCGUUGAAAAUCUGUCUAGCCGCAUUAGCUGGCAGGACUUGAAGGAUUACAUGCGUCAAGCUGGCGAAGUCACGUACGCUGAUGCCCAUAAGCAGCACAGAAAUGAAGGUGUGGUGGAAUUCGCGACGCACUCUGACAUGCGCGCUGCUAUCGAGAAACUGGACGGCACAGAGCUGAACGGGCGACGCAUCCGCCUCGUGGAGGACCGCCGCUCCUCGCGCCGCCGCACUCGCUCCUCCUCCAGCCGCUCGCGCAGCCGCUCCCGCGACCGUCGCCGCUCGCGCUCCAGAUCUCGUUCUCGCCGUUCGUCUCGCAGUCGUUCCCGUUCCAAAUCCCGGCCGAAGACGAAGAGUCCCGUCGCCAAGUCCCGCUCUCGCUCCAGAUCUAAGUGUGUUGUUACAUGCGCUGAGCAAAACUUGAAGACGGAGCGCAGCCGAUCGAAGUCCGCGUCAGCGUCACCGGCGCGCAAGUCGGACCGCGAGCGCUCCCCGCGAGACUCCGCCGAUAGGAACGGCCGGGAACGAUCCCGAGAGCAAUCCAGAUCCCCCUCACGAGAACGAUCCAGGGAGAGGUCCCGCUCCCGCUCCAAGUCGCGCUCGCCCCGCGCUGACAAAGAGAAAGCAGACCCGAAAAGGGAAAGGUCUCGUUCGCGCAGCAAAGAGGCCCAGUCGCCGAAGCGCGAGGAGGAGCGGCGCGCGAGCAAGUCACGCUCGCGGUCCCGGUCACGAUCCGCGUCUCGAGACCGCUCUCGCUCGCGGUCUCGGUCCCGCUCGCAUUCCGCCUCCCCGCGACAGAACGGCACUGGACAGGACCGCGCCAGCAACGACCGCUCUCCACGCAGCGGCGACUAGCCCAAUUAGUUUAAGACAAUUAGGUUUACGUGUUAGGUUUAUGAUCUCGUGGCUUCGACCAUCUUCUAAGCAAUUGCUCUGUAAGUAUUUCGAUUCGCUUGUUACAAAGUUUUUACAUUUGUAAUCCUAUAAAGAUUUCAUCUUUUUAUCAUAGCUUACUUCUUCCGUAAUUAUAUGACUUUUAAAUAUGACUUGUAAAUUUAACCAUUAGUAACAGCUGCUCCAAAUGAUGGCUUCAUUGGUACUACUGUUAUUUGACUAGCUCUAUUGACUCUUAAUGACAUCAUUGCAACACUUAUAAUGAGUACACUUUUGUAGCAAGCAAGAUUAAAAGUACUUACAAAAAACCUAGUUUCGCAAUUGAUGAGCUAAUUUUAGAUUCUGCCUGGUGUUAAGUAAUAAAAAUUUUCGGAUUUAUUUAAUAAUGGUUUUAUUAAAAUAAAUAUGAUUAAUUAGAAGAUACAUAUGAUUAUGUAAAUAGAGAUAUAUUGUAUUGUCAAGAAUUACUUUAAUAUUUCUAUGUGUUUGGUUUCCUAGUUGUAAGGUGAUCGGGGUCGCGAUUGCACUCUGUUAGGUUUUAAUUAUAAACGCACUUUGUUUGCGUCACUUCACUCUAUGGACAUAUAUAGUUUUUAUUAAGUAAUGCAAUUAAAAUUACACUUUGUCUACAAAUUUCUAGUAACUCGCAAAUAAGUACAUAUUAAUAAACAGCAAAAUGUUUGUGUGUAAUUUGAUACAUUUGUAUUUACUUGCAUGUUUAAGUGCAUUUAAAGUAAUUCGUAAAAACUAGAAAUGGAAGUUCAAAAAGUUCAUUGACUUUGUAAUUGAAAGCAAUAUGUUUGGUUUUCGCCAAGUUUUUUGGUGUAUUUCUAUAGAUUACGUGUAGACAUCCUAAUAUUUUUAGGUGUAAUGGUACUUUUUUGUAAAUAUUACAUUUGUUAUAGUAACCAAAUAAUAAAAUAAAGAAUUAGAUACAA